AUGGCAACGUAUCUCAUCACGGACGACUCCAGCGCCGACCUGGGCAAGAAUGCGCUCGCGACAGGUUGGACAGCGGUGGAAGGUGACUAUGGCGCUGAGUCCGACCUCCAUCGCAAGCUGUCGACGCGCCACCUGACGAUGAUCGCGCUGGGCUCGUCGAUUGGCAUGGGGCUCUGGCUGGGCAGUGGCACGUCCCUGGCCAACGGCGGCCCCGCGGCCAUCUUCAUCGGAUAUGUCCUCAGCGGCUCGAUGGUCUGGUCGGUGGCGCACUCCAUUGGCGAGAUGGCCGUCCUCUACCCGCUGCCGUCGGCCUUCGUGCAGUGGUCGUCCAUCUUCGUUAGCCCGGCGGUCGGCUUCACGAUCGGGUGGGCCUAUUGGUUCAACUACUGGAUCACCAUCGCGAACGAGUUGCAGGGAGUGGUGACCGUGUUGAGUUUCUGGACGGACAAGGUGCCGACAGCGGCGUGGAUUAGUAUCUUCUGGGUGGUGAUCAUCCUGAUCAAUGUCUGGGCGGUCGCCUUUUUCGGCGAGGUCGAGGUGGUGUCGUCCCUGAUCAAGUUCUCUUGGAUCUUCGUGGUCAUUAUCUCGUUGAUUGUGGUGUCAGCGGGUGGCGCCCCCCAAGGCGAUCCCAUCGGAUUCCGAUACUGGAACGCUGAACCCUUCACCCACGGCUUUAAGGGCUUCCUGUCGGUCCUGCCCACAUGCAUCUUCGCCAUGUCCGGCUCGGAAUACUGCGCAUUGGUGGCGACGGAGACGAAGAACCCGCGCAAGGCGGUGCCCCGCGCGGUCGGGUCGAUCUGGCUGCGCCUGUCCCUGUUCUACAUUGUCGGAUCGCUGAUGAUCACCAUCACGGUUGAUCCCCACGACGCGAACCUGUUUGGCGGAUCGGGGGUGAACGGGUCUCCGUUUGUGAUCGCGUAUCGCAACGCCGGGCUGCAGCCGCUGGCCCAUAUCAUGAACGCCGUCAUCUUCAUUUCGGUCAUCUCGUCGGCGAGUAUCCAGGCGUACGGUGGGUCGCGCACUCUGAUGGGACUGGCACAUUUGCAGAUGGCUCCAAAGAUUUUCGCCAAAGCCGACACCUUGGGCCGCCCAUUUGCCGGGCUGGCCAUCACACUGCUGGUGGGUGGCGGCGUAUCGUAUCUGAACGUCAGUCAGAAAGGGUCCGAUGUCUUCACCUGGUUUUCGAACCUGGUGUCACUGCUGACCCUGUUUGGAUGGGGGUCAAUCUGUCUGUCACAUCUGCGCAUGCGGUACGCCUGGAAGCUGCAGGGCCGGGCUCCCUCCGACCUGCCGUGGAAGUCGUGGACAUACCCAUUUGCGGCCGUCUGGGGACUGUUCUGGUGCGUCCUGCUCAUCAUCAUCGAAUUCUACCUCAGUGUGUGGCCGUUGGGGGGGGAUCCGACCGCCAAGGGGUUCUUCGCCAACUACGUCAGCGUGGUGGCCGUGCUGGUCAUCUUCGUCGGUGCGCAGAUUUACUAUCGCGGGCCCUUGUGGAUUGAUGCUGCCACCAUCGAUCUGGACCGGCAUCGGCGAUUCUAUGUCGCUCAGGGUGAGGAAGAGGGAGAGAAGUCCGGGGUGGCCAAGUAUGUGUCGAAGGUGGUGGGUGUGGUGACCAACUAG